AUGGAGCUCCCUCCGCACUGGUUCUGGGGCGGAAAAUCCUACACCGACGAGGAACUCAAUGAGAUCAUCCGCCUGACACGCUUCCAGCCAAACCCGCCUCCCGUCGCACCUCCGCCCCGGCGCGACGAGAAAAUCGCCGUGGCACGCUACCGUGCGCUGCGCGAGCGCAUCCACGAAGGCCCGCUCUACACCGUGCUCGGCGACCACUCGCGCGUCACCAAGCGCGGCGCCGUCGCCACGUCCGCCGUCGUCAUCGACCCCUUUGAAGGCAUGCCCACCUACGGCCAAAAGUACAAGAAGCAGCGCCGCAAGAUCCCGCGCCUGGACACCAGACCUUAUGUGAUGCGCUUCUUCCCCGAGGAGCUCUGGACGACGCUCGAUCCGACGACCAAGCCCGGCGCCAACGCCGCCGCCCUCAAGCAGCGCCGCAAGAUGCUCAAGAUCGCCCUGUCCACGAAGCUGACCCGUCUCGAGGAGCUCGAGGGCGAGGACGGGGAGGGCCUGGGACGCGACGAGGACGAAGACUUCGACAAGGACGAGGACGAGGAUGCGGGCCCGCACGAGGAAGAAGAGCAGGACGACGACUUCGAGGAGGACGAAGACGACGACGACGAUUACAACGCCGAGAACUACUUCGACAAUGGCGAGGACGAUGAGUAUGGCGACGAGGGCGGUGGGGGCGGAGACGAUUAUGACUUCUAG